GUGGGUUCAAUCGUUAGCGCGGGGAAAGGAUGUACAGCAGCACGGCCAUAUUGAAAAGAGGUAAAGCCGCAUUGACUACGGCUAUAAGAAGAGGCAGACGGAUCACCCGGCUUUCUAUUUCCCCAACAGGCUGUUUUAUAGCUAUAUUGACCGCUGUCGAAACCAUCUUGACCAGAUUCAUUCUCACCUUCUCACUUCUUUCAUCAUGACGUCUAUUGCAAACCAUCGCUCUGCAAACGCAGCACUAGCACAAGAAGACCCUGAAUGGGCUGCUUUUUACGCAAAGCACAGUGCCGCGGUCCCUGUGCUUGAAGGCACAGCCGCAGAAAUGCGAGCCAGGUCAGCGGCGCUUAAAGCCAAAGCGAAAGCUGCUGGGACUGGGGUCCCUGUAAUAGAAGGCGUGACAGUCAAAGACGUACAAGUGCCUACAACGGAUGGCGCUGAAAUCACUGUGCGGGUGUACACUCCAAUCGACGGAACCGGGCCCCGACCUGGGCUUCUCUUCAUGCACGGUGGUGGCUGGACUCUAGGCGACUUGGACGGCGAAGAUAGCGCUUGUAGAUCGGUUUGUGUCGGCGCAAACGUCGUGGUGGUAAGCGUUGAUUACCGCUUGGCACCAGAGCAUCCUUUCCCUACGGGACUCAAUGACUCUUGGAAUUCUUUUCUUUGGAUGAGAGAAUAUGCAGGGGAGCUUGGCAUCAACAAGGACGCUCUCAGCAUCGGCGGUUCCAGCGCCGGCGCAAACUUUACGGCGGUUUUGGCGCAUCGUGCUCGAGACCACGGCAUCAAACUGCUCGGCCAGCUCCUCCGCAUCCCUUGCGUUUGCCACUUGGACGCAUACCCCCCGGAGCUGAAUCUCUACAGCAUGGAGGACCUGAAAGAUGCACCAUUACUCUCACGACGAUCAGUUGAACUCUUUUUGCAAUACUACGCCGCUGAUCCGACAAACACGGACAUGUCGCCACUGCUCAACAAGAACUUUGCUGGACUAGCCCCUGCCUAUAUCCAAAUUGCCGGCGCAGACCCCCUCCGUGAUGAAGGUUUGGCGUAUGCUGAUAAGCUAAAGCAUGCUGGUGUAACGACCAAGGUCGACAUUUAUCCAGGUCUGCCUCAUGCAUUUGGAUUUUUCACGAAUCUCUCUGCGACAGUCAAAUACGCUGCGGAUUUGGUUGAUGCUAUGAAGAGUAUCAACAGUGGAACUCUGCAUUACUGAAGAAAUAUGUCAUUGCAAUGUAGUAUCGUUAAGAGUCUCUCUAUCGUCGAAUAUAUUCCUCGUUUUAAAAUAUCAUUGCUUGGGGGGAGCGGGGGCGCAAGGCGGGCGUCAUCAGCGACAGAUCCAACGCCUAAUGUCUCUAAAAUGUGGGCAACAAGGAAGAUGAUGAUAAAUCUUACAGGUAACUAGCAUAGUAUAGAAAAAGGCUCACGCAUAUGCACGGAAUAAAAUAAGGCUCUCGUAGGGC